UUUUUUUUUUUUCCUUUAGGACUGGUUGAUUAAAGGCUUAAGCCAUAAGAACAUUUAUUGCUCAUCAAGUAAAAAUUCUGGACAUAGAAGAGUCAAGAGUUGAUUCAGAAGCCUUGGGGCACCGGUUGCAUUUCUGAGAUUCCCUGGGCAGCUUCAGGCAUCUUGACUCACACAACCUGUCCACAGGCAGUCGUGGGGGUGAAGAGGACUUCAAAGGAGGCUCUCUCUGUUUACUGGGGGAUGGAAAACAUUUUCUAGAGCACUCCCUCCAAGUUAGACCCUCCCCCGCCUCACCUCACAGAGCAGAACUAACUGCAGUGAAGGCUGAGAAAGUGGUAGCUGACCUUCUUAUCCUGCUAAUGGUUUGCCAUGAGUAGGAAACAUCAGCGCCUGCCACCCCCUCCUUCAUUCAUUCAACUAAGACUUACUAAGCCCCCACCCUGGGCUAGGUGAUGAUGGUACAGAGGAAAAGCCAAGUCUUGUUCUCAAGGAGCUCCUGCUGGAAGAACAUAGACAGGAAGAGGAUCACAAGAUGUUAGGAGAGGACUGAGUGUCCCCAGGGUCACUGCAGAGCUGAAGAUACUCAGCUUGAGGAAGCAGGGAGGGCUGGAGAAGCAAUGACUGGGUUCAGUUCUGAAGAGUAUAUAGGAUUCAGCUAGGGGUGAGGAAACAUGUAGGAGGUGGUUGCGAGGAGGGCAUUCAAGAAUCUUCCAGGAACUGGCAUGCUGGGGACCAGCAGGAAAUGAGGCUGAUGAAAUAUGCAAGGAGCUGAUGAGGGAAGAUUCUAGGAGUCUUGGCGCCUGUCUUCUGCUGAGCCAAGAUGGGUGACUGGAGCUUCCUGGGAGAGUUCCUGGAGGAAGUACACAAGCAUUCCACGGUGAUCGGCAAGGUCUGGCUCACAGUCCUCUUCAUAUUCCGCAUGCUGGUGCUGGGCACGGCUGCCGAGUCAUCCUGGGGCGAUGAGCAGGCUGAUUUCCUCUGUGAUACGAUGCAGCCUGGUUGCGAGAACGUCUGCUAUGACCAGGCCUUCCCCAUCUCCCACAUUCGAUACUGGGUGCUGCAGGUCAUCUUCGUCUCCACACCCUCACUAGUGUACCUGGGCCAUGCAGUGCACAUGGUGCGCGUGCAAGAGAAGCGGAAGCUGCUCCGGGAGGCUGAGAGGGCCAAAGAGGCUCGGGCUGCUGGCUCCUACGAGUACCCGGUGGCCGAGAAGACAGAGCUGUCCUGCUGGGAAGAAGUGAACGGAAGGAUUGCCCUCCAGGGCAGUCUGCUCAACACCUACGUCUUCAGCAUCCUGAUCCGCACCACCAUGGAGGUGGCCUUCAUUGUGGGCCAGUACCUCCUCUACGGGGUCUUCCUGGACACCCUGCAUGUCUGCCGCAGGAGUCCCUGCCCCCACCCCGUCAACUGCUAUGUGUCCCGGCCCACGGAAAAGAAUGUCUUCAUUGUCUUUAUGCUGGCAGUGGCCGGACUGUCCCUUUUCCUUAGCCUUGCUGAACUUUACCACCUGGGCUGGAAAAAGAUUAGGCAGCGAUAUGUCAAGUCCCAGCCAGGCAUGGGUGAGUGCCAGCUUCCUGGUCCCUCAGCCGGCAUAGUCCAGAGCUGCACACCACCCCCUGACUUCAAUCAGUGCCUGGAGAAUGGCCCUGGGGGGAAAUUCUUCAGUCCAUUCAGUAACAAGAUGGCCUCCCAACAGAACACAGAUAACCUGGCCACGGAGCAGGUGCGAAGUCAGGAGCAGAUUCCGAGAGAAGGCUUUAUUCACAUCCGUUAUGCCCAGAAGCCAGAGUUACCCAAUGAGGGCUCCCCAGGGCCCAGCCUCCCCCAUGGCUACCAGAGUGACAAGCGCCGUCUCAGCAAGGCCAGUAGCAAGGCCAGGUCAGAUGACCUGUCAGUGUGACCUCCAGUGUGGGAGAACCAGAUGGGAACAGAGGAACUCAGAGAGGGAAGACAUGUUCUUUCUAACCCCAUCUCUUUCAUUCUCGUCACUGCUAUGCUGUUUUUGGACUCUGGGUCUCAAGGACAUUGCUCAUUCUUUCCAGAAGAUGUAAGCAGGUCUUUGUGGAUGCGGUCAGAGACAUAGCUAUCUGUCCAGGCUGCUGUCUCUUCCCCAUCGUCCACCCAGAAUCCUCAAUGAAGCCUUUCAGAUUACUCUGUGAAUGGAAUGGAAGAAGGGAGGGGAUCAUAGCAAAUCUGGCCUGGGAGGGAUAGCCAGAGGGGUAGGAUGACUCUCUACACAACAGCCACACAGCAGAUGGAUUCUCUAGGUCCUUCUGGCUUCCUUGAUCUGAACACCCUUCCUCUGUCAAGAAAGAGCCCAAAGUUCCCAGCCCACCAAUGAGCAUGAGUCAAGGAACUUGCAUUAGAUGCGCUCUUGAGUGUGUUGUCUCCUUGGACCAUACCUUGGAGUGGUGAUGAGGUUGCCAUGGUCUGCCCUUGGCUGCCCCUCCCUCUGCCCAGUCUUACUUAAAAAGAGGUCCUUGGAACUCAACCAGCAGGCUCAACUUUACAAGUGCCUUGGUAUGCACCUCUGGCAAAUGUCUCACCUUGGUGAUAUUGCAGCCUUUCCUUCUGCCAGGGUGUGCAACCAGCCCCUGGGGCUGGAAAGCUCUCCUGGGGAGUCACUGUACACACAAUUCCACUGGAAUUCCUGCCACCACCUGUCACCCUGCAGCUCUUUUACAGUUCAAGCUGAUGAUAGACACCAUCCCUUCCAUUCCCCCCUUGGCAGUCCCUCGAGUGCUCCCCUAAACACCUUAUUGACCAGAAUGCCCAAGAAGCCAUUUUCCUCUCUUGAAUCCUUACCAGAUCACCAGCCAUGGAAGCCAGUGGAAUUUCCCUAGGUCUUAUGAAAACAAAGAGGAUAUUGUGCUUCUCAGAUUCCCUUUGGGAAAAAGAAUAAUUCUGUUGUGAAGAUAGAAAUAAAAAAGGAGAGAAAAUACUGGAAAACUAUUUUUCCCUCCUGUUUGCUUCCCUUGCUGACUGCCAACUUAGAGUGCCAAGAGGAGGUGUGAUGACAACUAUGGAGGCCCCCAGAUUUCUCUUUCCCUGGAGUAUUUAGCAGGGGCAUGAAAGCAGUAAGGGAAUCUCCAGCUCUCUUGGCAGGGCCCUUGUUUAAGAGCACAGAAAUGCCUGUGUCUUCCCAUUGCUCCCAAAGAGACUGCCAAAAGCAGUGGGGACUGCAGAAAAGCCAUGUCUUCCCAGGGACUGGCCAGGUUUCUCUCUUCAGUUCAUCCAUAAUGGGUAGUUGCCAAUUUGGAUGAAGAUAAAUGAUGCUCAGAAUUGGAUGCUGAAACUUAUAAGGAGAUGAUUGCUUUUUAAAAUGCAUGUGUGUGUGUGUGUGUAUGCUGAUAAAGUGGGUGAAGAGGAGGGGAGUCCUGAAAAAAGGAAAGAAUAUCUUAGAGACACUUUCCUGCUUUCCUCUAGAUGUCUGGCAGAGGGCUGAGACUCAUUGUUUUCAGUGUCAUCAACCUAAAGAUAUAGGCAUGAGAGGCCAGGAUAGAAGAGGUUGAAGGCUCAGAAGGAGGCUCAGCCUCUGCCCCACAUGCCCAUCUCUGGGCCCCUCUGCUGAGACUUGAAUGUUAUUGGUGGGGAGAGAGAAGGAUGUGGGCAGAGGAGUGGAGGAAACUGACUGGGAUGCCAUUUAGGGAAGAAUGAUUGAUUAUCCUAGAUCCCUGGAGGGAACACCUUUUAAUCUAUUGUCUGGCACUGGCAUUGAAAGUGAGGUCGCUCAGUCGUGUCCGACUCUUUGCAAUCCCAUGGACUGUAGUCUACCAGGCUUCUCUCUCUAUGGGAUUUUCCAGGCAAGAGUACUGGAGUGGGUUGCCAUUUCCUUCUCCAGGGGAUCUUCCUGACCCAGGGAUCGAACCCAAGUCUCCUGCAUUGCAGGCAGACGCUUGCAUUAAGACUCUCCAAAACAAAACAAGACUAUCUUUCCCACUAUCUCUCAAGUGUGUUUGUUUUAUGAAAUAAGUGUUCUUGGGUUAGAAAUUCUGUGAGAUCAGUCCUUCAUGAAGGGGCUUUCAGGAAGGAAAAAAGGAAAUAAUAUGUGUAGUUUGUCCAAAUAAAGUCUGGCCCUCCAUGUAUCUCUUCUUGGUGUCCCUUUCAUGGUAUGACUAUAAGAUAGUGGUAGCAGACUUGGUAGGGGAGGGGAGCACUUGAUCAAUAUUGCAAAGGGCUUUGGAAUUACACAUGCUAGGGUGAAAAUUGCAGCUGCUGAUUUACAACUGGACUCCAGCAGGCUACUUAAUCCUUGAAGCUUGGUUUCCUCAUCUGUAAACUGAACCUAGUAAUAUCUACCUCACAGGUUGUUUGUUGAGGUCCUUUAAUGGACCAGAACCUGGUGGUCUGGAGUCGACGAUAAGAAAGUAAAAGAGCGAAAGAGGCUAAUAUUCCUUGGUUUACACAGAAAGCCAAUAAAGCCCCCGCAGGGGGCCUGCUCUGUUCACAAAGUCCUCAGGUACCCUCUUGAUGGGGUGAAGAUGCAGAGCGGCUUUUCGAGAGGGUCUUAGGAGCCUGGGCAGGAAAGCGAACUCAGAGAGCCUCUGUACUCCA